UGCUGAGGAGCUGCAGCCAGCUGCGGGUGCCGCUGCGAUGGAGAGGCCAGGCCACGGCGGCGGCGGGAAACCUAAGACAGGGAUCUUGAUGUUGAACAUGGGAGGCCCGGAGCGGCUGGACGACGUCCACGAUUUCCUGCUGCGUCUCUUCCUGGACAGGGAUCUGAUGACCCUUCCCGUUCAGAACAAGCUGGCCCCGCUGAUCGCCAGGCGCCGCACGCCCAAGAUCCAGGAGCAGUACAGCCGCAUCGGCGGCGGCUCCCCCAUCAAGAAGUGGACGGCGCUGCAGGGAGAGGGCAUGGUGAAGCUGCUGGACAGCAUGUCUCCUGGCACUGCCCCUCACAAGUACUACAUCGGGUUCCGCUACGUGCACCCGCUGACCGAGGAGGCCGUGGAGCAGAUGGAGAGGGACGGCAUCCAGAGGGCCAUCGCCUUCACCCAGUACCCCCAGUACAGCUGCUCCACCACAGGAAGCAGUUUAAAUGCCAUUUAUCGCUACUAUAACCAGAGAGGGGAGAAGCCCAAGAUGAAGUGGAGCAUAAUUGACCGAUGGCCCACACAUCCCCUUCUCAUUCAGUGCUUUGCCGAUCACAUCCAGAAGGAGCUGAACCUGUUCCCGCCAGACAAAAGGAAAGAGGUGGUCAUCCUCUUCUCAGCACACUCGCUGCCCAUGUCUGUGGUGAACCGUGGAGAUCCCUACCCUCAGGAAGUGGGAGCCACUGUCCAGAGGGUCAUGGAGAAGCUCAACUACUCCAACCCUUACAGGCUGGUGUGGCAGUCCAAGGUUGGACCAAUGCCCUGGCUUGGUCCCCAGACAGACGAGACCAUUAAGGGCCUGUGCCAGCGAGGAAAGAAGAACAUGCUGCUGGUGCCAAUAGCAUUUACCAGUGACCACAUUGAGACUCUGUAUGAGCUGGACAUCGAGUAUGCCCAGGUUUUGGCCAACGAGUGUGGAGUUGAAAACAUCAGAAGAGCGGAGUCUCUCAAUGGAAAUCCACUCUUCUCCAAGGCCCUGGCAGACCUGGUGUGCUCCCACCUGCAGUCCAACGAGGUGUGCUCGCGGCAGCUGACGCUGUGCUGCCCGCUCUGCGUCAACCCCGUGUGCCGGGAGGCCAAGGCGUUCUUCAGCAGCCAGCCCCUGUGAGCAGCCAGCAGGGCACGCACGGCCUGCUCGGGGCAUCCUUCUGCAGUGUCCUUGCGUUGUAGGAACGAGGGAGAUCAGGGCAUUUAUCCUGUCAGGUGUGAGGAGAUCUCCUGUCAUCCGACCCCGAUGGGACUUCUUGUGAGCCCAGCAGGACGCACUGAAAAUCCUACACAGCUUUUCUACAGUUAGCUUCUAUUUCUAUGCAGGGAUUUAUUGUGUGCGGGGUGGUCAGGAGCUCAUUGACUUGGCCAGGUUGAAGGUGCACUGAUUUUGGUUUUGCUUGAGGUGCAGUGUCAGCAGCACAGUCUGUUGUCUGUUCUGAGAGGGACUUUGCAGCUGGCUUUGGAGACUUUGGAGAUCAGGUUACUUCUAGUGCUUUUUAAUAAGGUGUGUAUGUGUAUAUAUUGUUUUUAAUUUUUUUUUUUUUUUAGAGCAUAAAGAUAAGGCUUUGUUUUGUUUUGGUUUUCUCCUGCCGGAAACUUCCUGUGAAAGCUUAGCUGGGAUAGUAGAACGCACAAAACUUGUUUACAUUUUCUAGGAAAAACAUUUUCAUUAUCUGCAGGAAAGUAUUUGAAGAGUAUAAAUUGAAAGGAAUUAGGGAAUUAGCCUGCUUGGGUGAUACUGGAGAAUUUGCUCCAUUGAAACUGCGUGUUUCAAGUCUAGCAGGAGCAUGUGUGGAAACAUGUUGGCUUAUCCGUUAAGCAGAAUGAGUUUUUCAAUUCUUCUUAUUUUUAUUAAAAAAGGGCUUUUUCUGUUCGGUGAAGUAAAUGUAGGAAGUCAGGCGUGUUCUCCGGGAGGUUUAUAGACCCACUCUGUGCUUUCUACUGUGCCACAGUACUGUGGCUGUGUGGGGUGCCUAUGGAGUGCCGUAGGUAGGACUGAUCUGGCUGCAUUGCUGAUGCUCAGACGAUGGGUCAGGAGUGGUUUGGCUCUCAGCUGCAGAUGCCUGAGCACAGGAGGCUGCCAGCCCCAGCAGGGCUGUGCUGCAGGGCCCUGGCACCGGCCGUGCCCCCUCCUGCCCGCCUGCCUGCCUGCAAAGCUGUGACCGUGGCACUGAGCCCUGUGCGGGGCAGCCUGCUGGCACCUCCUUGGGCACCCGUUUACUUGAUGUCCUUAGCACUGAAAUGCCAGGCCUGGGCACUGCAGGCUGGUUCCUGGGAAGCAGAUGCCGUGCUGCUCAGCCAGGCUGAUGUGCUCAGCAGUUUGCACCUCAGGGCCUUGGGGAACAGGGUGUUUGUUUGAAGAGAGAAGAGGCCUCCUGUGGUGUGUCAGGGGUCUGUCCCGUUCUGGUUUGUUGCUGGAAUCAAGGAUGGGGUACCAAAGGAACGGGUGGAUCCCGUGCUGAGCACCCAUGGAGUGCUGAAAUCCCAAAUACCUCUGGAGAGCUGCUUGCUCCACUGCCAUACCUGCUUCCCAGGGUGAGACACACUGAGAUUCCUCAGUGCCAGAACCUCCUGCAGCACCCUGCUCCCCACACAAAGUCUUCCUUGACCCCUCAUGCCUGUGCCUGUUUCAGUGGCAGGGAGCCAGGAGCUUCUCUCCUCCCUCCUCUCCCUCCCCCUGGGCGCUGCUCGCACCCUGGGCAGGGAACAGGAGCACCAAUGUCCAGGAUGUCUGGGAACACUGGCCUUACACCUCUCCUUGAUAAAGAACUUCCUGUGUUUCACCUCUCUGCGUGACACCUUGGGAUCAGUGCAGAGCUGUCUGCUCUGUGAAAUCUUCCUGCCCGCUCCUGUUUCCCCACAGCUGGGGGGAACGUGGACCUUCAGGUGGUCCAGGCUGCGACCACCACAUUCACAAGUGUGGAAAGCAGAGGUUAACAUCAUAUGAACCUUGUGGUAUUAUAAAUACAGCUGGCUUUUCAUUUUCAUACUGGAGAGAGUCCUGUAAAUACUAGCUGGCACUGAUUCUGAGGCAUUACAUUUGUCCCCAGUAAUAAAAGGUACUUAAAAUUCACUUUUGAGUGUUCUAACCACAAGCGGGAUAAUUACUCUGUUGCUGCUAUUACAGCAUCAUGUGGAAAUCGCUUAAUUUCCCAGCUUUUAUCAGAUGGAGCCUGUCUCACAGAGCUGCUGGUGCUGCUUGCUGUCAGAGGGUGGUUCUCUCAAGGUUUCUGAGGGGUUCCUCGUCUCCCAGGCCGAUGGCCAGCGGGUUGGGUGAGUGUGUGCCCUGAGGAGAGAUGGAUCCGUGCUGCAGGCGCCUUCCUGAGCCCUGUCAGAGCUGUGUCCCCCUGAGUUUGCAGCUCACCCAGCGCUGUGGAGCUCUGGCCUCAGGAUAUCGACUGGAAACUGGGGAGUUGGGAACAGCCCGUGGUGUCCUGAGGGAAGAAAUGGGAGGGAAAGGGGGGAGCUUGUUUUCCUGCUUUAACACUCUGCAGUUUGGCUUAUUUUUUCAUGAUUGAGUGAAUUUUUCUUUUUGAGUGUGUUUUUAAGCUGUCCCUGGGUCCUCGCUGCAUUUCAGAGAAGGUGCUGUGGCGCCAGAGGGCUGUGGGUGGUGGCAGAGCCGGGCUCCUGCUGUCCCCUGGGAUGGGGUGGCACCGCUGGGCUCGGUGGGGCCUGGAAGCUCGGGGAGUUCUCCCUUCCCACCACCAUCACCUUGGAGAGCCAGCUGCAGGCCAGAGCAGCUCCUCUGGCUCUGUUAAUGCCACAUGUGUGCAGAUCCUUGCUUUCGGCCCCACAUAUGCAUUUCACAUUGACCAAGGACUUCCAUUUGAUGUAGCACAGCAAAUUUGGAUACUCCUUCUGUGUGUCGUUUGCCAUAAGGAUGGAAUUCCAAUUAAAGUUCUUUUGAGGAAAUAC